UGGGGCGAGAGGCGAGAGGGGUAGGCGGGCUGCUUGGUUGGCGUUGGCGCUCUGCAGUGCAGUGGAGUGUUAGCCCAGCUCCCUAUAUGGUCGGGGAUUAGCUCGGCGCUGCUGAGGCUGAGCCAGGAGCCGGAGGAGGAGGAAGAAGAGGAGGAGAAAGAGCGCAGCAGCAGCCAGCGCACGCCGAGCGGCUGCCGGGGGAAGCAGAGGCGCCCGAGGCUUGGGCACCGCCGACGCCUCGGGAGUCAUGGCCGAAGGGGGAGAAGGAGGCGAGGACGAGAUCCAGUUCCUGCGGACUGAAGACGAGGUGGUUCUCCAGUGCAUCGCGAACAUUCACAAGGAGCAAAGGAAGUUCUGCCUGGCAGCCGAGGGCCUCGGGAACCGCCUGUGCUUCUUGGAGCCCACUUCUGAAGCCAAGUAUGUUCCUCCAGAUCUCUGCGUCUGCAAUUUUGUGCUGGAACAGUCCCUCUCUGUGAGAGCCCUGCAGGAAAUGCUUGCCAACACAGGUGAAAAUGGCGGUGAAGGGGCAGCACAAGGGGGUGGCCACAGGACCCUGCUAUAUGGACACGCGAUUCUCCUGCGGCACUCCUUCAGCGGAAUGUAUCUAACAUGUUUGACCACAUCAAGAUCCCAGACAGAUAAACUUGCCUUUGAUGUAGGUCUACGGGAAAAUGCCACAGGAGAAGCCUGUUGGUGGACCAUACAUCCGGCGUCCAAACAGAGAUCUGAGGGAGAGAAAGUUCGAAUUGGUGAUGACCUCAUUCUUGUCAGCGUGUCCUCUGAAAGAUACCUUCAUCUCUCAGUGUCAAACGGGAACGUACAAGUGGACGCCUCUUUUAUGCAGACACUCUGGAAUGUACAUCCUACGUGCUCAGGAAGUAGCAUUGAAGAAGGAUACCUACUUGGUGGGCACGUAGUACGUCUCUUCCAUGGUCAUGAUGAGUGUUUGACGAUACCAUCUACAGACCAGAACGAUGCCCAGCACAGGAGGAUAUUCUAUGAAGCUGGGGGAGCUGGGACACGAGCCCGAUCUCUGUGGAGAGUGGAACCCCUUCGGAUAAGUUGGAGUGGCAGUAACAUCCGAUGGGGCCAGGCUUUCCGGCUCCGGCAUAUCACCACAGGUCACUACCUGGCCCUGACGGAGGACCAAGGCCUUCUACUGCAGGACCGGACGAAGUCAGACACCAAGUCCACCGCCUUCUCUUUCCGGGCUUCCAAGGAAAUCAAGGAGAAAUUGGAUUCCAGUCACAAGCGAGAUAUAGAAGGCAUGGGCGUUCCAGAAAUUAAGUAUGGAGAUUCUGUCUGCUUUGUGCAGCAUAUAGCCAGCGGUCUGUGGGUGACCUACAAAGCACAAGAUGCCAAGACCUCCCGCCUUGGACCUCUGAAAAGAAAGGUCAUACUCCACCAGGAAGGCCACAUGGACGACGGGUUAACACUGCAGAGAUGCCAGCGCGAGGAGUCGCAGGCUGCUCGCAUCAUCCGGAACACAACCGCCUUAUUCAGCCAGUUUGUGAGCGGGAACAACCGCGCAGCGGCCCCUGUCACCCUGCCGAUCCAAGAGGUCCUGCAGACCUUGCAGGACUUGAUUGCCUACUUUCAGCCCCCAGAGGAGGAGAUGCAGCACGAGGACAAACAGAACAAACUCCGCUCGCUCAAGAACAGACAGAAUCUCUUCAAGGAGGAGGGAAUGUUGGCCCUUGUGUUAAACUGCAUUGACCGCUUAAAUAUCUACAACAGUGUUGCACACUUUGCGGGGAUCGCAAGGGAGGAGAGUGGCAUGGCUUGGAAGGAAAUCCUGAACCUCCUCUACAAACUGCUCGCUGCUCUCAUUCGUGGAAACAGAAACAACUGCGCUCAAUUCUCCAACAACCUCGAUUGGCUAAUCAGCAAACUGGACAGACUAGAAUCUUCCUCAGGUAUCUUGGAAGUUUUGCACUGCAUCUUGAUUGAAAGCCCAGAAGCCUUAAAUCUGAUAGCCGAGGGCCACAUCAAGUCCAUCAUCUCCCUGUUGGAUAAGCAUGGGCGGAAUCACAAGGUUCUGGACGUGCUGUGUUCCCUCUGUCUCUGCAAUGGGGUUGCUGUCAGAGCCAACCAGAAUCUGAUUUGUGACAACUUGCUGCCCCGGAGGAACUUGCUCCUGCAGACACGGCUAAUUAAUGAUGUGACCAGCAUUCGGCCCAACAUCUUCCUGGGAGUUGCCGAGGGCUCAGCGCAGUACAAGAAGUGGUACUUCGAGCUGAUUAUCGACCAGGUGGACCCCUUCCUAACAGCUGAGCCCACACACCUGCGGGUGGGCUGGGCCUCCUCCUCCGGCUAUGCUCCAUACCCUGGCGGGGGAGAAGGAUGGGGAGGCAAUGGUGUCGGUGAUGACCUCUACUCCUAUGGCUUUGAUGGACUUCACCUUUGGUCAGGCCGCAUACCCAGAGUCGUAGCCUCCAUCAACCAGCACCUCCUGAGAUCAGACGACGUGGUGAGCUGUUGCCUCGACCUUGGAGUGCCCAGCAUCUCCUUCCGCAUCAAUGGGCAGCCCGUGCAGGGGAUGUUUGAGAACUUCAACACAGAUGGGCUCUUCUUCCCUGUGGUGAGCUUCUCAGCAGGUGUCAAAGUGCGUUUCCUGAUGGGUGGACGUCAUGGAGAAUUUAAGUUCCUGCCUCCCUCUGGCUAUGCCCCUUGCUAUGAAGCCUUACUUCCAAAAGAAAAGAUGAGAUUGGAGCCUGUGAAAGAAUAUAAACGUGAUGCAGAAGGCAUUAGAGAUCUGCUGGGUACCACCCAGUCCCUCUCCCAAGCCUCCUUCAUCCCAUGCCCCAUCGACACCAGUCAGGUUGUUUUGCCCCCUCACCUAGAAAAGAUCCGAGAUAGACUGGCUGAAAACAUCCACGAGCUUUGGGGAAUGAAUAAAAUAGAGCUUGGCUGGACUUUUGGCAAGAUACGGGAUGACAAUAAAAGACAACACCCCUGUCUUGUGGAGUUUUCAAAGCUGCCUGAAACCGAGAAGAAUUAUAACCUACAGAUGUCAACUGAAACCUUAAAGACCCUCCUGGCCCUAGGGUGUCAUAUUGCUCAUGUGAAUCCAGCUGCUGAGGAAGAUCUCAAGAAGGUCAAAUUGCCCAAAAACUAUAUGAUGUCCAAUGGCUAUAAGCCAGCCCCUUUGGAUCUGUCUGAUGUGAAGCUAUUACCUCCUCAAGAAGUUUUAGUGGAUAAGCUUGCAGAAAAUGCACACAACGUUUGGGCCAAAGACAGAAUAAAACAAGGAUGGACCUAUGGCAUCCAACAGGAUUUAAAGAAUAAAAGAAAUCCCCGGCUGGUGCCAUAUGCUUUACUGGAUGAGCGUACCAAGAAGUCCAAUAGGGACAGCCUUCGUGAAGCUGUUCGCACAUUUGUUGGUUAUGGCUAUAACAUUGAGCCUUCGGACCAAGAACUGGCUGACCCAGCUGUGGAGAAAGUCAGCAUUGACAAGAUUCGAUUUUUCCGGGUAGAGCGGUCUUAUGCAGUGAGAUCUGGAAAAUGGUAUUUUGAGUUUGAGGUGGUAACUGGAGGAGACAUGCGCGUUGGCUGGGCCAGGCCAGGUUGUCGGCCUGACAUUGAGCUGGGGGCUGAUGACCAAGCCUUUGUGUUUGAAGGCAGCAGGGGCCAGCGGUGGCAUCAAGGCAGUGGGUAUUUUGGACGUACGUGGCAGCCAGGAGACGUGGUUGGAUGUAUGAUUAACUUGGAUGAUGCUUCGAUGAUCUUCACACUGAAUGGCGAGCUGCUGAUCACCAACAAAGGCUCUGAACUCGCCUUCGCUGAUUACGAAAUUGAGAAUGGCUUUGUGCCCAUCUGCUCUCUGGGACUGUCUCAGAUCGGCCGCAUGAAUCUCGGGAUGGAUGCCAGCACCUUCAAGUUUUAUACCAUGUGUGGCCUCCAAGAGGGCUUUGAGCCUUUUGCUGUCAACAUGAACCGGGACGUUGCGAUGUGGUUCAGCAAGCGCCUCCCGACGUUUGUCAACGUGCCAAAGGAUCAUCCCCAUAUAGAGGUUGUGAGGAUCGAUGGCACCAUGGACAGUCCUCCAUGCCUCAAGGUGACCCACAAGACAUUUGGCACACAGAAUAGCAAUGCCAGCAUGAUCUACUGCCGCCUGAGCAUGCCCGUUGAGUGCCACUCCUCCUUCAGCCACAGCCCCUGCCUGGACAGUGAAGCUUUCCAGAAAAGGAAACAGAUGCAAGAAAUACUCUCUCAUACCACAACACAGUGCUACUAUGCAAUCCGCAUCUUUGCUGGACAGGACCCCUCCUGCGUCUGGGUCGGAUGGGUGACACCAGACUAUCACUUAUAUAGUGAAAAGUUCGACCUGAAUAAAAACUGCACAGUUACUGUCACUCUAGGGGAUGAAAGAGGCCGGGUCCAUGAAAGAUUUUCACUCCUGCCUUUUAUGCCGAAUCCCUGUAUAAAACAGCCUAUGGUGGCUGCCCUCUCUCUACCUCCAUCUCCUGUCUCUGAGGUGGGAAUACAACCAUACCCACGAUCUCUUUCCAAAAGGGGAACUGACACAGAGCCAGGAAACAGUGUGAAACGCAGCAACUGCUACAUGGUCUGGGGCGGGGAUAUUGUGGCCACUUCCCAAAGAUCAAGUCGAAGCAAUGUGGACCUGGAGAUUGGCUGCCUCGUGGAUCUGGCGAUGGGCAUGUUGUCUUUUUCUGCCAAUGGGAGAGAACUCGGCACCUGCUACCAGGUGGAGCCCAAUACCAAAGUGUUUCCAGCGGUUUUCCUACAGCCCACGAGCACUUCCUUGUUUCAGUUUGAACUUGGGAAGCUGAAGAACGCGAUGCCCCUGUCGGCGGCCAUCUUUAAGAGCGAAGAGAAGAACCCAGUUCCACAGUGUCCGCCUCGGCUGGAUGUCCAGACCAUCCAGCCCGUGCUCUGGAGCCGCAUGCCCAGCAGCUUCCUGAAGGUGGAGACGGAGCGCGUGAGCGAGCGCCACGGCUGGGCGGUGCAGUGCCUGGAGCCCCUGCAGAUGAUGGCGCUCCACAUCCCCGAGGAGAACAGGUGUGUGGACAUCCUGGAGCUGUGUGAGCAGGAGGACCUGAUGCAGUUCCAUUACCACACGCUCCGGCUCUACAGCGCCGUGUGCGCCCUGGGAAACAGCCGGGUGGCCUACGCCCUGUGCGGCCAUGUGGACCUCUCCCAGCUCUUCUACGCCAUUGACAACAAGUACCUCCCUGGCCUCCUUCGCUCCGGGUUCUACGACCUCCUCAUCAGCAUCCACCUGGCCAACGCUAAGGAGAGGAAGCUAAUGAUGAAGAACGAGUACAUCAUUCCCAUCACCAGUGCCACCAGGAAAAUCCGCCUGUACCCAGACGAAUCCAAGAGGCACGGGCUGCCGGGGGUGGGCCUGAGAACGUGCCUUAAGCCCGGGUUCAGGUUCUCCACCCCUUGCUUUGUUGUGACUGGCGAGGAGCACCAGAAGCAGAGCCCUGAGAUCCCCUUGGAGAUUCUCAAGACGAAGGCGCUGAGCAUGCUGACAGAGGCGGUGCAGCACAGUGGGGCUCACAUCCGCGACCCUGUGGGCGGGUCUGUGGAGUUCCAGUUCGUGCCUGUGCUGAAACUCAUCGGGACCCUGCUGGUCAUGGGGGUGUUCGAUGACGAUGACAUCCGGCAGAUCCUCCUCCUGAUUGAUCCCUCUGUGUUCGGGGAACACAGUGUGGAGACGGAGGACGGAGCGGAGAAGGAGGAAGUGACUCAGGUGGAGGAGAAGGCAGUGGAGGCCGGGGAGAAGGCUGGCAAGGAGGCUCCCGUCAAAGGCUUGCUGCAGACCCGACUGCCUGAAUCUGUCAAGCUGCAGAUGUGUGAGCUCCUCAGCUAUCUCUGUGACUGUGAGCUGCAGCAUCGAGUGGAGGCCAUUGUGGCAUUUGGCGACAUUUAUGUCUCCAAACUCCAGGCAAAUCAGAAGUCCCGCUACAAUGAGCUCAUGCAGGCCUUGAACAUGUCCGCAGCCCUGACUGCCCGGAAGACCAGGGAGUUCCGCUCCCCCCCGCAGGAGCAGAUCAACAUGCUUCUUAACUUCCAACUGGGAGAAAAUUGCCCCUGCCCAGAGGAGAUCCGGGAGGAGCUAUAUGACUUCCAUGAGGACCUUCUCAUUCACUGUGGCGUUCCACUGGAGGAGGAGGAAGAGGAAGAGGAGGACACGUCCUGGGCUGGAAAACUCCGUGCCUUGGUGUAUAAAAUCAAAGGCCCUCUCAAGCCUGAGAAGGAACAGCCAACAGAAGAGGAAGAGAAAUGCCCUACCACCUUGAAGGAGCUCAUCUCACAGACCAUGAUCCGCUGGGCCCAGGAGGACCAGAUCCAGGAUGCGGAGUUGGUCCGAAUGAUGUUCAGCCUCCUUCAGAGACAGUACGACAGCAUCGGGGAGCUGCUGCAGGCCCUGCGGAAGACGUACACCAUCAGCCAGGCCUCCGUGAGUGACACCAUCAACCUGCUGGCCGCGCUGGGCCAGAUCCGCUGCCUGCUCAGUGUCAGGAUGGGCAAGGAGGAGGAGCUGCUCAUGAUCAACGGGCUGGGAGACAUUAUGAACAACAAGGUGUUUUACCAGCAUCCCAACCUCAUGCGAGUCCUUGGCAUGCACGAGACGGUGAUGGAGGUGAUGGUGAACGUGCUGGGCGCAGAGAAGUCUCAGAUUGCUUUUCCCAAGAUGGUUGCUAGCUGUUGCCGCUUCCUCUGCUAUUUCUGUCGAAUUAGCCGGCAAAAUCAGAAGGCCAUGUUUGAGCAUCUGAGUUACCUGCUGGAGAAUAGCAGUGUUGGCCUAGCCUCCCCUUCCAUGAGGGGAUCUACCCCACUGGACGUGGCAGCUUCCUCUGUGAUGGACAACAAUGAGUUAGCUCUGGGCUUAGAGGAACCGGACCUCGAGAAGGUGGUGACCUACUUGGCAGGCUGUGGCCUGCAGAGCUGCCCCAUGCUUCUAGCCAAAGGAUACCCUGAUGUCGGCUGGAACCCCAUUGAAGGGGAACGUUACCUGUCCUUCCUGAGGUUUGCCGUCUUUGUGAACAGUGAAAGCGUGGAAGAAAAUGCUAGUGUCGUGGUCAAGCUGCUCAUCAGACGCCCGGAGUGCUUCGGCCCAGCCCUGCGAGGUGAAGGAGGAAACGGUCUGUUGGCGGCCAUGCAGGGCGCCAUUAAGAUCUCUGAGAACCCAGCCCUCGACCUCCCCUCUCAGGGAUACAAGAGAGAAGUCAUGGAGGACGGUGAAGAUGAAGAGAUCGUACACAUGGGCAACGCCAUUAUGUCCUUUUAUUCAGCUCUUAUAGAUCUCCUGGGCCGCUGUGCACCUGAAAUGCACCUUAUCCAGACAGGAAAGGGAGAAGCCAUCCGGAUCAGGUCAAUCCUGCGCUCCCUGGUCCCCACUGAGGACCUGGUCGGCAUCAUCAGCAUCCCCUUGAAGCUGCCGUCCCUAAACAAAGAUGGGUCCAUCAGCGAGCCAGAUAUGGCAGCUAACUUCUGCCCUGACCACAAGGCACCCAUGGUGCUUUUCUUGGAUCGUGUUUAUGGCAUCAAGGAUCAAACAUUUCUGCUCCACUUGCUGGAGGUUGGAUUUUUACCCGACUUAAGAGCCUCUGCCUCUCUAGAUACAGUUUCCCUGAGCACCACAGAGGCUGCGCUUGCCCUAAAUAGGUACUUAUGUUCUGCCGUGCUCCCACUCCUCACAAGAUGCGCCCCGCUCUUUGCCGGAACGGAGCACUACACAUCUCUCGUCGAUUCUACGCUGCAGACCAUAUACCGGCUUUCCAAGGGACGUUCCCUCACCAAAGCUCAGAGGGACACCAUAGAAGAAUGUUUGCUCGCCAUUUGCAAUCAUUUGAGGCCUUCCAUGUUACAGCAGCUCCUGCGACGUCUGGUUUUUGAUGUGCCACAGCUCAACGAGUACUGCAAAAUGCCCCUUAAGCUUCUGACAAAUCACUAUGAACAGUGCUGGAAGUAUUACUGUCUGCCUUCAGGAUGGGGGAGCUACGGGCUAGCUGUGGAAGAAGAAUUGCACCUGACGGAGAAGCUCUUCUGGGGGAUUUUCGAUUCCCUUUCCCAUAAGAAGUAUGACCCAGACCUUUUCCGAAUGGCCCUUCCUUGUCUCAGUGCUAUAGCGGGGGCCCUGCCACCAGAUUAUUUAGACACCAGAAUCUCAGCCACGUUGGAGAAGCAGAUUUCAGUGGAUGCGGAUGGCAACUUUGACCCCAAACCCAUCAACACCAUGAAUUUCUCCUUGCCUGAAAAAUGGGAAUACAUCGUCACCAAGUAUGCGGAGCAUUCACAUGAUAAAUGGGCCUGUGACAAGAGUCAGAAUGGAUGGAAAUACGGAAUUUCCCUGGACGAAAAUGUGAAGACCCAUCCACUGAUCAGGCCUUUCAAGACAUUAACGGAAAAGGAGAAGGAAAUUUACCGCUGGCCCGCCCGGGAGUCCCUGAAAACCAUGCUGGCUGUGGGCUGGUCUGUGGAGAGGACCAAAGAGGGAGAGGCCGUGGUUCAACAGCGGGAAAACGAGAAACUUCGGAGCGUGUCUCAGGCCAGCCAGGGCAACAGCUACAGCCCUGCUCCCCUGGACCUCUCCAACGUGGUGCUCUCCAGGGAGCUUCAGGGAAUGGUGGAGGUCGUGGCUGAAAACUAUCACAACAUCUGGGCCAAGAAGAAGAAGCUGGAACUGGAAAGCAAAGGUGGUGGCAGUCACCCUCUGUUGGUACCAUAUGAUACCCUGACAGCCAAGGAGAAGUUCAGGGACCGAGAGAAGGCACAGGACCUGUUUAAAUUCCUCCAAGUGAACGGCAUCGUGGUUUCUAGAGGUGUGAAGGAUAUGGAGCUGGAUGCCUCCUCCAUGGAAAAGAGGUUUGCCUAUAAAUUUUUGAAGAAGAUCCUGAAAUAUGUUGAUUCCGCCCAAGAGUUUAUUGCCCAUUUGGAAGCCAUUGUCAGCAGUGGAAAAACAGAAAAGUCUCCCCAUGACCAGGAGAUCAAAUUCUUUGCCAAAGUUCUCCUCCCACUGGUUGACCAGUACUUCACCAAUCACCACCUCUACUUCCUCUCAUCCCCUCUGAAGCCCCUUAGCAGCAGCGGCUAUGCCUCUCAUAAGGAGAAAGAAAUGGUGGCCAGCCUCUUCUGCAAACUCGCUGCUCUUGUUCGACACAGGAUUUCCCUCUUUGGGAGCGAUUCUACUACAAUGGUGAGCUGUCUUCACAUCUUAGCUCAGACACUUGACACAAGGACUGUCAUGAAGUCAGGCUCAGAGCUGGUCAAGGCCGGGUUACGAGCAUUCUUUGAAAAUGCUGCAGAAGACUUAGAGAAGACUUCGGAAAACCUGAAGCUGGGGAAGUUUACCCAUUCCAGAACACAGAUUAAAGGCGUGUCUCAGAAUAUUAACUAUACCACGGUGGCUCUGCUCCCCAUCCUGACGUCCAUCUUUGAGCACGUUGCUCAGCAUCAGUUCGGGGUGGAUUUACUCUUAGGCGAUGUGCAGAUUUCAUGCUACCACAUACUGUGCAGCCUCUACUCCCUUGGGACUGGAAAGAAUAUCUACGUUGAAAGGCAACGUCCUGCCCUUGGAGAAUGUCUGGCCUCACUGGCAGCUGCCAUCCCAGUGGCGUUCCUGGAGCCCACGCUUAAUCGCUACAAUCCACUCUCAGUCUUCAACACCAAAACCCCCAGGGAGAGGUCUAUUCUGGGCAUGCCGGACACAGUGGAAGAGAUGUGUCCUGACAUCCCGCAGCUGGAAGGCCUGAUGAAGGAGAUCAGCGACCUGGCUGAGUCAGGGGCCCGGUACACAGAGAUGCCCCACGUCAUCGAGGUGAUCUUGCCCAUGCUCUGCAACUACCUGUCCUACUGGUGGGAGCGGGGGCCUGAGCACCUGCCCCCCAGCACAGGGCCCUGGUGCACCAAGGUCACAUCUGAACACCUCAGUGUCAUCCUGGGAAACAUUCUGAAAAUCAUCAACAACAACCUGGGCAUCGAUGAGGCGUCCUGGAUGAAACGUAUCGCAGUGUAUGCCCAGCCGAUCAUCAGCAAAGCCCGGCCAGACCUGCUGAAAAGCCACUUCAUCCCAACUCUGGAGAAGCUGAAGAAAAAGGCGGUAAAGACUGUGCAGGAGGAGGAGCAGCUGAAAGCCGACACCAAGGGAGACACUCAGGAGGCGGAGCUCCUCAUCCUGGACGAGUUUGCGGUCCUCUGCAGAGACCUCUACGCCUUCUACCCCAUGCUGAUCCGUUAUGUGGACAACAACAGAUCUAACUGGCUUAAAAGUCCCAGUGCUGACUCUGACCAGCUCUUCCGCAUGGUGGCAGAGGUCUUCAUCCUGUGGUGUAAAUCUCACAACUUCAAGAGGGAAGAGCAGAAUUUUGUGAUUCAGAAUGAAAUUAAUAAUUUGGCAUUUUUAACUGGAGACAGCAAAAGCAAGAUGUCGAAAGCCAUGCAAGUAAAGUCUGGAGGACAGGACCAGGAACGGAAGAAGACAAAGCGGAGGGGAGACUUGUAUUCCAUCCAGACCUCUCUCAUCGUGGCCGCACUCAAGAAAAUGCUGCCCAUUGGUUUGAAUAUGUGCACGCCAGGCGAUCAGGAGCUCAUCUCCCUGGCCAAAUCUCGGUACAGCUAUAGGGACACAGAUGAAGAGGUGAAGGAACAUCUGCGGAAUAACUUGCACCUGCAGGAGAAGUCUGAUGACCCAGCAGUAAAGUGGCAACUGAACCUCUACAAAGAUGUUCUAAAGAGUGAAGAACCUUUCAAUGCAGAAAAGACCAUAGAGCGUGUACAGAGAAUUUCAGCAGCGGUGUUCCACCUGGAGCAGGUGGAACAGCCUUUGAGGUCCAAGAAGGCGGUCUGGCACAAACUGUUGUCAAAGCAGCGGAAACGGGCAGUGGUGGCCUGUUUCAGGAUGGCCCCUCUCUACAACCUGCCCAGGCACCGCUCCAUUAACCUCUUCCUCCAUGGCUAUCAGAGAUUUUGGAUAGAAACAGAGGAGUAUUCCUUUGAAGAGAAACUAGUACAGGAUUUGGCUAAAUCCCCCAAGGUGGAAGAGGAGGAGGAGGAGGAGAUGGAAAAGCAACCAGACCCACUUCAUCAGAUCAUUCUCCAUUUUAGCCGCAAUGCUCUCACGGAGAGGAGCAAACUGGAAGAUGAUCCUUUGUACACGUCCUAUUCCAGCAUGAUGGCCAAGAGUUGUCAGAGUGGGGAGGACGAAGAAGAGGAGGAAGACAAGGAGAAAACAUUCGAAGAGAAAGAGAUGGAAAAGCAGAAAACCCUCUACCAGCAAGCACGGCUGCAUGAGCGGGGAGCUGCAGAGAUGGUCCUUCAGAUGAUAAGUGCCAGCAAAGGUGAGAUGAGCCCCAUGGUGGUUGAGACUCUGAAGCUGGGCAUCGCCAUUCUGAAUGGGGGCAACGCCGGCGUGCAGCAGAAAAUGCUAGAUUACCUAAAGGAGAAAAAGGAUGCUGGAUUCUUUCAAAGCCUUUCUGGUCUUAUGCAGUCUUGCAGUGUCCUUGAUUUGAAUGCGUUUGAAAGGCAGAAUAAAGCAGAAGGCCUGGGUAUGGUUACUGAGGAAGGAACACUCAUUGUGCGUGAGCGUGGUGAAAAAGUACUCCAGAAUGACGAGUUUACUCGUGAUCUCUUUCGGUUCCUGCAGUUACUUUGUGAAGGACAUAACAGUGACUUUCAGAACUUCCUGCGGACUCAGAUGGGCAAUACCACCACCAUAAACGUCAUCAUCAGUACCGUGGACUACCUCUUGCGUCUGCAGGAGUCAAUCAGUGAUUUCUACUGGUAUUAUUCAGGGAAGGACAUCAUUGACGAAUCUGGACAGCACAAUUUUUCCAAAGCUCUGGCAGUCACGAAGCAGAUUUUCAAUUCUCUUACGGAAUAUAUCCAGGGCCCUUGCAUUGGGAACCAGCAGAGCCUGGCUCACAGCAGGCUGUGGGACGCGGUGGUCGGCUUCCUCCAUGUGUUUGCUAACAUGCAGAUGAAACUCUCUCAGGAUUCCAGUCAGAUCGAGCUGCUGAAGGAACUCUUGGAUCUCCUUCAGGACAUGGUGGUGAUGCUUCUGUCCCUCCUGGAAGGGAAUGUGGUAAAUGGAACUAUUGGCAAGCAGAUGGUUGACACACUGGUAGAAUCAUCUACCAAUGUAGAAAUGAUCUUGAAAUUCUUUGACAUGUUCUUGAAACUUAAAGACCUAACCAGCUCAGACACCUUCAAAGAAUAUGACCCAGAUGGUAAAGGGAUUAUCUCUAAAAAAGAGUUCCAAAAGGCCAUGGAAGGGCAGAAACAGUACACACAGUCAGAGAUUGACUUUCUCCUUUCGUGCGCAGAAGCUGAUGAGAAUGAUAUGUUUAAUUACAUUGAUUUUGUAGACCGGUUCCAUGAGCCGGCCAAGGACAUAGGGUUUAAUGUGGCAGUGUUACUGACCAAUCUCUCCGAACAUAUGCCAAAUGAUUCUCGCCUUAAGUGUCUGUUGGACCCAGCAGGAAGUGUACUAAAUUACUUUGAACCGUACCUGGGACGAAUUGAGAUCAUGGGCGGGGCCAAGAAAAUUGAGCGUGUUUAUUUCGAGAUCAGUGAAUCCAGUCGAACUCAGUGGGAGAAGCCCCAAGUGAAGGAGUCAAAGCGGCAGUUCAUCUUUGAUGUGGUCAAUGAAGGGGGAGAGCAAGAAAAGAUGGAACUGUUUGUGAACUUCUGUGAGGAUACCAUCUUUGAAAUGCAGUUAGCCUCUCAGAUCUCCGAAUCUGACUCAGCUGAGAGGCCCGACGAGGAGGAGGAAGAAGAUGAAGAUUCAUCUUAUGUGUUAGAAAUUGAGGGUGAAGAGGAAGACGACAAGUCUUUCGAGUCAGCCUCUGCAUUUGCCAUGGCCUGUGCCUCAGUGAAGAGAAACAUUGCCAACUUUCUGAAGAAGGCAACCCUGAAGAACCUCCGGAAACAGUACAGGAAGGUGAAAAAGAUGACUGUGAAGGAGCUGGUAAAAGUGUUCUUCUCUUUCUUCUGGAUGUUGUUUGUGGGGCUCUUCCGGUUGUUCUUCACCAUAUUGGGAGGAAUCUUCCAGAUCCUCUGGAACACAGUGUUUGGAGGCGGCCUCGUGGAAGGGGCAAAGAACAUCAGAGUGACCAAGAUCCUGGGUGACAUGCCUGACCCCACCCAGUUUGGUAUCCAUGACGAUGCUCUGGAUGCUGAGCGGGCAGAGGUGACUGAGCCAGGGGUUCCACCCGAACUAAUUCACUUCGUGAAGGGUGAGAAGGGAGAUGCAGAUAUUAUGUCAGAUCUCUUUGGAUUCCACCCGAAGAAAGAAGGCGGCUUAAAGCAUGGGCCUGAAGUGGGUUUGGGUGACCUCUCUGAGAUUAUUGGCAAGGAUGAACCCCCUACACUAGAGAGUACUGUCCGGAAGAAAAGGAAAGCACAGGCAGCUGAGAUGAAAGCAGCACAUGAAGCCGAAGGGAAAGUGGAGCCUGAGAAGACAGACCUAGAAGACGGGGAGAAGGAGGAUACGGCCAAAGAGGAAGAGCAGGCCGAGGCCCUGUGGGCAGAUGUGACAAAGAAGAAGAAGCGACGGCGGGGCCAGAAAGUCGAGAAGCCUGAAGCCUUCAUGGCUAAUUUCUUCAAAGGGCUGGAAAUCUAUCAGACCAAGUUACUGCAUUACCUGGCCAGGAAUUUCUACAACCUGAGGUUCCUCGCUCUGUUCGUAGCCUUCGCGAUCAACUUCAUCCUACUCUUUUAUAAGGUCACCGAGGAACCUGUAGAAGAAGAGACAGAAGACGUUGCAAAUCUGUGGAAUUCCUUUACCGAUGAGGAAGAAGAAGAAGCGAUGGUGUUCUUUGUCCUGCAGGAGAGCACUGGGUACAUGGCACCCGCAUUGCGGGCCUUGGCCAUUAUCCACACCGUCAUCUCUUUGGUCUGUGUGGUGGGCUAUUACUGCCUGAAGGUCCCUCUGGUGGUAUUCAAAAGGGAAAAAGAAAUCGCCAGGAAGCUGGAGUUUGAUGGCCUAUAUAUCACUGAACAGCCAUCUGAAGAUGACAUCAAGGGGCAGUGGGACCGCCUGGUAAUCAACACACCAUCUUUUCCUAAUAACUACUGGGACAAGUUUGUUAAAAGAAAGGUGAUCAACAAGUACGGCGACCUCUAUGGAGCAGAACGCAUUGCGGAACUCCUGGGUUUGGACAAAAAUGCCCUGGAUUUCAGCCCGGUGGAAGAGAGCAAAGCAGAGGCGGCCUCUCUGGUGUCAUGGCUGAGUUCCAUCGACAUGAAGUACCACGUCUGGAAGCUGGGAGUUGUUUUUACCGACAACUCCUUUCUCUACCUGGCCUGGUAUACCACCAUGUCAGUCCUGGGCCACUACAACAACUUCUUCUUUGCCGCUCAUCUGCUGGACAUCGCAAUGGGCUUCAAGACGCUGAGGACUAUUCUGUCAUCUGUAACUCACAAUGGCAAGCAGCUGGUUCUGACUGUCGGUCUCCUGGCCGUGGUGGUUUACCUCUACACCGUGGUGGCCUUCAACUUCUUCCGCAAGUUCUACAACAAAAGUGAAGAUGACGAUGAGCCCGAUAUGAAGUGUGAUGACAUGAUGACGUGUUACCUGUUCCACAUGUAUGUGGGAGUAAGAGCUGGAGGGGGCAUUGGCGACGAAAUUGAAGACCCUGCUGGUGACCCUUAUGAGAUGUACCGCAUUGUCUUUGACAUUACCUUCUUCUUCUUCGUCAUUGUCAUCUUGCUGGCCAUCAUUCAAGGUCUUAUUAUUGAUGCUUUUGGAGAGCUAAGAGACCAGCAGGAACAAGUGCGAGAAGAUAUGGAGACUAAAUGUUUCAUCUGUGGGAUUGGCAAUGACUAUUUUGACACGACUCCUCAUGGCUUUGAAACACAUACCUUACAGGAGCACAACUUAGCCAACUAUUUGUUCUUCCUGAUGUACCUGAUUAAUAAAGAUGAGACAGAACACACGGGUCAGGAAUCUUACGUCUGGAAGAUGUACCAAGAAAGAUGUUGGGAUUUCUUCCCGGCUGGUGACUGCUUUCGGAAACAAUAUGAAGAUCAGCUUGGGUAAAUCAGAAUGAAAGAAACUCCACAAUUCUAGAUGGUCUACUUCCAGUGAAAUAAAUCCUUUUUAUAGCUCUGCAAAAUAUUUGAAAUGUGACAUAUUCUAAAUGCCUCCCUUACAAGAAAGUGUUACAAAUAUGUGAUAUUUAUGAAUUGAUUUGGCUUUUUGUGCCUAAUGGAUGUAGUCCUUAUCAAAAUGUUAAAAGAUGGCAAAGAAUCAAGGAAACUGUAGUUGAGAAUACCUUCAAGUUUUCAGCUGUAAUGGAAAAUGGUGUCAUUGAGGAAAGAA